AUGAGCUCCAACAACAACAACCCCAACCUGCAGCCGCCCUUUGCCGAGCUCGAGCCAGAGAUCUCCAACCCCGUCAGGAGGAUACGAUGGGCCACACAUCGUGCGACCGGCACCACGGCUGAGAACAAGCGCCACUCGCUGAAGGAGCGCCUGCAUCGCCGCAUAGGCUCGGGCGAGAAGCGCGACUCGUUGGGGAAAGAAGGCGGCUCGCUCGGUGGCCUCGACGGCGACAAGUCGCCCGACUCGUCUGAUGCAGGUGGCGACGACCAGGACUCUGGCCGCAGAGUCUACGUCAACGUGCCGCUCCCUCGCUCCGAGCGCGACGAAGAGGGCCAUCCACUGCAGUCCUACGCGCGCAACAAGAUACGAACCGCAAAGUACACCCCUAUCAGCUUCGUCCCCAAGAACCUGUGGUUCCAGUUCCACAACAUCGCCAACAUCUACUUCUUGUUCAUCAUCAUCUUGGGUAUCUUCCAGAUAUUUGGAGCCUCGAAUCCAGCCUUGAACGCCGUGCCGCUCAUUGUCAUCAUCGCAGUAACGGCCGUCAAGGAUGCCAUCGAGGACUGGAGGAGAACUGUCCUCGACAACGACCUCAACAACGCGCCAGUGCAUAGACUAGUCGACUUCAACAACGUCAACACUGCAGAAGACACCGUCUCCAUGUGGAGGAAGUUCAAGAAAGCCUGCACAAGGACCAUUGUCACCACAUGGAGGCUUAUGAAGAACGCAAAGAGCAAAAAGGACGCAAAGGGCAAGGAGGACAGCCAACGUGGUAUCGAAGGCUCGAGACCUUCCAUCGAUACUCGCCGCGCUUCAGUCGCUACACGCAGAUCGUCGUACUUUGAUGCUCAGGAGGGCAUCCAGAUGACCCCGGUCCCGUCGCCCUUGCCCGGCGCUUCUCCCAGUCAUUCUCCGUCACCGACCGAACGCGGGCCUGGAGACAACGACAAGAUUCGAGGCGCUGACACAAAGGGAGUUGUCACGAAGAAGUUCUGGGGCAGUGUGCUUAACCCUUUCAAGACGUCGCCAGAAAAAGCUCGUUUCAAGAAGGAUGCAUGGAAAAGUGUGCAGGUUGGUGACUUCAUCCGCUUGUACAACGACGAGGAAAUUCCUGCCGACAUCAUCAUCAUGUCGUCCUCCUCCGACGAUGGUGCUUGUUAUGUCGAGACCAAGAACUUGGAUGGAGAAACGAAUCUGAAGGUUAGAAACGCCCUUCAUUGUACACGCGACGUACGACACGCUCGCCACUGCGAACGCGCCGAGUUCACCAUCGAAAGCGAGGGUCCACAUUCAAAUCUGUACUCCUACAGUGCCGCCAUCAGAUGGCAGCAACACAACGAGAAAGACCCAGAAACGCCCUCUUAUGAGAUGGUCGAACCGAUAUCGAUCAACAACAUGCUCUUGCGUGGCUGCCAACUGCGAAACACCGAGUGGGUACUCGGUGUUGUGGUUUUCACGGGUGAAGAGACCAAGAUCAUGAUUAAUUCGGGUGUCACACCUAGCAAGCGCGCCAGGAUUUCCAAAGAUCUCAACUGGAACGUCAUUUACAACUUCAUCAUCCUGGCCCUCAUGUGCUUGGUCUCUGGAGUUGUGCUUGGUGUCACAUGGGCUAGAGACGACACCUCGCAUUCGGUUUUCGAAUAUGGAUCCUAUGGUGGCACCCCAUCAGUCGACGGUGUCAUCGCCUUUUGGGCCGCUGUGAUUCUGUUCCAGAACUUGGUGCCUAUUUCCCUCUACAUCACUCUGGAAAUCAUCCGCACACUACAGGCUCUCUUCAUCUACAGCGAUGUGCAGAUGUACUACGAAAAGCUCGAUUAUCCCUGCACACCCAAAUCUUGGAACAUCUCUGAUGAUGUAGGUCAGGUCGAAUACAUCUUCUCGGACAAGACGGGUACCCUUACGCAGAACGUUAUGGAGUUCAAAAAGUGCACAAUCAACGGUGUUCCUUACGGAGAGGCAUACACCGAGGCUCAAGCUGGUAUGCAAAGAAGACAGGGAAUCAACGUUGAGGUUGAAGGUGCUCGUGCGAAGGAGCAAAUCGCUCGUGAUCGCGUGAGAAUGCUCGAAGGAGCUCGCAGGCUGCACAACAACCCAUACCUGUGGGACGAAGAACUCACCUUUGUAGCGCCAGACUAUAUCGAUGACCUUGCUGGCGAGUCUGGAGCCGAACAGAGAAUGGCCAACGAACAGUUUAUGCUCGUGCUAGCCCUCUGCCACACUGUUGUUACCGAGCGAACACCCGGAGACCCACCAAGGAUCGAAUUCAAGGCCCAGUCGCCCGAUGAGGCGGCGCUUGUUGCAACGGCCCGUGACGUUGGCUUCACCUUCAUUGGCCGAGAAGAGGACAAGCUCAUUGUUAAUGCUCUUGGUGAGGAGCGCAAAUACCAGGUCCUCAACACCCUUGAGUUCAACUCGACUCGAAAGCGCAUGAGUGCCAUCAUCAGGAUGCCAGACGGAAAGAUCAUGCUGUUCUGCAAGGGUGCGGAUAGUAUGAUAUACUCUCGAUUGAUCCCCAACGAGCAGAGACAGCUUCGCAUCACCACUGGGGAACACCUCGAGAUGUUCGCAAGAGAAGGGCUGCGAACUCUCUGCAUUGCUCAGAGGGAAAUUUCCGAACAGGAGUACGCCGAAUGGAACAGAGACUACGACAUCGCCGCCAACUCCAUCACUGAUCGAGAGGACAAGUUGGAAGAGGUCUCUGACCGAAUUGAGAAUCAGCUGUGGUUGAUUGGUGGCACCGCCAUCGAAGACAGACUGCAAGACGGUGUGCCCGAGUCGAUCUCGCUUCUUGGUCAAGCCGGGAUCAAGCUGUGGGUCUUGACUGGUGACAAGGUGGAGACGGCCAUCAACAUUGGUUUCUCCUGCAACCUCCUUGACAACGACAUGGAUCUCGUCAUUCUCAAGGUCACCGAUGAUAGUCUUGAAUCGGUGGAAGCUCAACUUGACGAGAAGCUGGCUAUCUUCGGCUUGACCGGCUCUGAGGAGGAACUCAAGGCCGCUCAGACUGACCAUGAACCCCCACCACCAACCCAUGCUAUCAUCAUUGAUGGUGACACUCUCAAACUCGCAUUGGACGACUCGCUGAAGAGAAAGUUCUUACUGCUCUGCAGACGAUGCCGAUCGGUUCUUUGCUGCCGUGUCAGCCCUAGCCAGAAGGCUGCUGUCGUUAACAUGGUAAAGACUGGUCUCGAUUGUUUGACCCUUGCCAUUGGCGAUGGCGCCAACGAUGUUGCCAUGAUCCAGGAAGCCCACGUCGGUGUUGGUAUUGCUGGUGUAGAGGGUCGCGCAGCUGUCAUGUCCUCCGAUUACGCUAUUGGACAAUUCCGCUUCUUGACUCGCCUCGUUCUGGUCCACGGUCGAUGGUCAUACCGAAGACUCGCAGAGACUAUCGCUAAUUUCUUCUACAAGAACAUCAUCUGGACCUUCGCGCUCUUCUGGUACCAGAUCUACACCAACUUUGACAGCCAGUAUCUCUUCGACUACACUUACAUCAUCUUCUUCAAUCUUGCUUUCACUUCUCUCCCGGUCAUUGUCAUGGGUGUCUUGGAUCAAGACGUCGAUGAUAAGAUAUCGCUCGCAGUUCCUCAGUUGUAUCGCCGUGGUAUCGAGCGGAAGGAGUGGACUCAGCCUAAAUUUUGGGCCUACAUGGUUGACGGUGUCUACCAAUCAGCUAUUGCUUUCUUCUUGGUAUACGAAAUUUUCCACCCUGCUACGUUUGCAACAUCCAGCGGUCUGGAUCUCGCAGAAUACCGACGCAUGGGUGUCUACGCUGCCACCACUGCUGUCGCUGCUGCCAACAUCUACGUCCUUUACAACACCUACCGAUGGGAUUGGCUGAUGCUGUUGAUUGUUGUCAUCAGUACGGUUCUAGUCUGGGUCUGGACAGGUAUUUACACAUCGUUUACUGGGAGUGCCCAGUUUUAUAAAGCCGGUGCAGAGGUUUACGGUAACUUGAACUUCUGGGCAUACGUUCUCGUCGCGACGAUCAUGUGUCUGCUUCCACGUUUCAUCUUCAAAGCUGCACAGAAGAUGUACUUCCCUCUUGACGUCGACAUUAUUCGAGAGCAGGUCAAGCAAGGAAAGUUUGACUACCUGAAUGAUAGCGACAGCUAUCUUCCUCUCCCUCCAGGACAAGUUCCAGCCGUUGUACCGGAGGUUGAUGCGGAUAAAUACAAGGCUGCCAACGCCGAGCCUACAGACGAGGAUGUUCGACCAAUUUACCCACCCUCCGUAGCACCCACCGCGACGACGCACAACCCACGAAGCCAAAAUGGUAGCAACAGCACUGACUACACAUACCGCCGCUCAAUGGAGGGCCUGCCUGCGGCCCCUCGUAUGUCAUCCGAAGGCCACCCACCAAACAGCUAUGAACACCGAGUGCGACCCAGCUUCGACCGCGCUAGGAUGUCUAUGGACCGUGUGAGGCAAAGCUUUGAACAAAGCAAUGACUUCACGUCAGCCGCCAUGCUGACCCGUAUCGAGUCUGCGCACAGCCGGAACAGCUACAUCGACCGCAGUCGCACUGGCAGCCAAAGUGGGUCAGCUGGCAACAUCGGAAUUCGACUGAAGAACGCCAUCCGCCGCGCCACAAUCACGAGAGAGGAAGCACCUUCAGAUUUCCAUGAUGCGCCUGCUGUACCUACGAUAACAAAAAGCUCCCCGGAGCCAAAACUACCGCCAACGAGUCCGCCUAGGUGA